CCAGGUCCCGUGCGGCGGUUCAAAGGGUGACGCGAGAAGGUGCAGGGAAUUAAUUUGAUAGCAUGUAUUGAUGGCUCUAAAGAGCUCAUCGCUGUCACUGGAUUCCAGUGAGAGUGACUCUGAAGAGUUGCCAACAUUUACCUUUCUGAAGAAGGAACCAUCUUCAACAAAGAGGAGCCAGCCUCAGCGGGAGGAGAAGAUUGUAGUGGUUGACACCUCAUAUUCUGAGGCCUCCUGUCCUCCAUCACCAGGGUUGAAAGAUGCACCUCCUGUCCCACACACCGCUGAAACUGUCACACAAACAGAGCCAGUCAGGGUGCUAAGCAGUGGAAGUGAGGAUGAAGAGGAAUUUAUUCCCCUGGCUGAAAGGCUUACAUGUAAGUUUCUGACCCAUAAGCAGCUGAGCCCUAGGGACUCUAGCUCCCCAAUUAAAAGUGUCUUGGAUCAACAAAAUAACAAAGAAGCAUCAUUUGACUGGAAAAAACAGCCCUUUUCAAAGAUCCAUGAUGUUCCCCUCCAUGAUACCUUACAGAGGAAUGCAUCAAAUAACAAGGACUCUAUCUUAGACAAUCCAUGCCAUCAGCUUCCAGCUUACCAUUCUAUCUGCCCUGUCCAGAGCAACAGCUUGACAGUAACCAAAACAAAUUCUGACAUCCACCCACCUCAGAAGAGAACUAAGCAUAGUCAGAAGAUCCAGGGAAGAGGCUCACAGGGAUGCCAGCAGCAGGGACAAGCAUGGCAGAAGGGAAACACCCUGAGACAACAGGAGAGAAAGAAGGCAGCAGCACUGGGUAACAAGCCGAAAUGCCAGAGGCCAGAGGAAUGCUUAAAGCACAUUGUCGUGGUGCUGGAUCCAGUGCUUUUACAGAUGGAAGGUGGGGGCCAGCUCCUCGGAGCAUUGCAGUCCAUGGAGUGCCGCUGUGUGAUUGAGGCACAGGCCGUACCUUGCAGUAUCACUUGGAGGAGAAGGGCUGAGCCAUCUGAGCAGGAUGGAGAGGACUGGGUGGAGGAGCCGACAGUCCUGGUGCUGCUCCUGGUAGAGGCAUUCGUGUCCAUGGUCUGCAGCAUAAAGCAGGGAAGUCUGGGCAGCACUGAGAAAGGGAAGGAAACACUUCAGGGCUUUGUAACUGACAUCACAGCAAGGACAGCAGGGAAAGCUCUGUCGCUGGUGAUUGUGGAUCAGGAGAAAUGCUUCAGUGCUCAGAAUCUUCCAAGGAGAAGGAAGCAUGGAGCGGCAAAUAAACAUGCCAAGGAGAAGCAGCAGCAGAGACAACCAGAAGCCAACACAGGACCCAUGGUGUCCAGGGUAGACAUGGAAGAGGCAUUGGUGGACCUGCAGCUACACACAGAAGCCCAGGUUCGAAUUGUGCAUAGCUGGAAAGAGCUGGCCGACUUUGCGUGCACAUUCACAAAGGCUGUGGCCGAGGCACCCUUCAAGAACCUCCGAGAUCAAACUAGCUUUUCUUUCUGUCUGGAGAGUGACUGGGCUGGAGGAGUGAAGGUGGACCGCUCUGGCAGGGGACUCGCAUUGGUCUGGAGGAGACAGAUUCAGCAGCUGAACCGAGUCAGCCUGGAAAUGGCCAGUGCUGUUGUGGAUGCCUAUCCCUCCCCACAGCUCCUGGUACAGGCUUAUCGGCAGUGUUUUUCGGAGCAAGAACGCCAGAAUUUGCUCACAGACAUCCGGGUGCGCCGUGGGGAAGGUGUCACAUCCACCUCCCGCCGUAUUGGACCAGAGCUGUCCAGGCGUAUCUAUCUUCAGAUGACCACUUUGCAGCCACAUCUCUCUUUAGACAGUACUGACUGAUGCUAGCCCUCAGCGACAAGGAUGAAAAGCUGGAGAUUUCCACCUCCUCAACCUUGGAGCCUGACUGCAAUAAAGACUGGAAGUGCCUCCUGGAGCACAAGCCUGGGUGAGGCCCAGUCUUACCUGGGUUUCACUGUGACAGUCUCCCUCCCUGUCAGCUUGGGGCAGAAAGGUGAGAUACCUGCAUCUACCUUCACCAACAUUGGUUUCUCUCCUAGCAAAAAUCAGCUGACAUGGUCAAACCACCCCUACCCCUGUCCCAGCCAGCCGUCUAAACACAAAGGAACAAAGACAAACCACUCAGACACGUAUUUAAUAAUUGUAGAAAUCCAAAAGAAUUAGCAUCAAAUUUCAAAGACAUGAGUGAACUGUUGCCUGUGGGUUGGCUUGACUAGGCUCAGCCACUGAACUGCCUCGACCAGCCAAGGAAUAGGGUGUGAUGACUAUGCUGACUUCUGUGUUAUCUUAUUCUCAUCUUAUGUAAUAUGUGUUUAGUUUCAAUAAAGCAUUUGUACCAACAGCUCUGGAGCUUGAGGAAGCCUAAAGGAAUGUGUAGUGAUUUUGAGUAAGAUGUGGACCUACGCAGUAGAGCUAUCCUUGGGGUGGGGAGAGAAAGUCCUUUCUUCCAGUAUCAGGACAGUCAUGAGUGGCAGUCCUAUCCAAAUGGGCCACCAGGGCCGAAAAGCUGGACUUUGCCCUCCUUGUCUCUGAACUAUGACAGAUGCUUGCUCCUUGCAGGGAGGCAAGGAGCUUGAACGAGCACCAUAACAGUCAUUCCUGAUUCCUUCAUCCAGCUGUUGGGAAAAGAAGAGGCAAAGGAGGCAAGAACAUGCUCAAUCUAGCAGACAAAAGAAUGACAGUGCUGCCCUUCUUUGUGCUAGUCAUCAGUUAAUGUGCCACUUUUCAGCUCCCUGGUGCAACUUGCUUCCCUUCACUUCCUACUCAUUUCCACUCAUUCAUUCCCUUCAUUAUAGGUCUAGAAUCAAUUCUAAACCUGUGUCUAUGAAGCUGAGUCUUCAGGUUGCCUUUGAGGUAUUUAAUCACACCAAGUGCUAACAGAGCUGUCACAGACAAUGUAGCUUUGCAGAGAUCCA